AUGCUCCAUCAACGACACAACGCCGCGGGCUCGGGUUCAUCCCUCCAGGCGCCGUCUACUACAAUAACCGGCCGCUCGCGCUUCUCAAAGGCAUUGCCUUCCGUCCCUCUCAAUCUCCCGCUCCGCGACUUCGCCGCCCCGCGACCGCUCCCCAAGGACCUCCCAGACCUGCCCCCGGCCCCUCCGCCGCCGCCCUCCGACACCAACGAACACCGCGACGACGAUGACGCAAGGAGCAUAAAGACCAUCAAGAGCACAAAGAGCGUCAUCGCGAGAAAGCCCGUCAGCUCGUCGCCGAGCGCCUCGAGCCUGCCCCCCGCGCCGCCCCCAAAGGCCGCCGCCCGCGUGUUGCGAAGUCCGACCGCCAGCAACACGAGCCCCGGCACCCCGUCGUCGUCGUUGUCGUCGCACACCACCUCGCCGCCAGCGACCGCCAUGGCGAUCCCCAGGCGACCUGUCGGCAGCGGUGGCCCCGGCGCCGGCACAAAGAAGGUGACGCCCAAGGCGAGCACCAGCAGCAUCAGCACCACUCGCACCAGCGCGCGCACCACCAGCAACGCGAGCGCCAGCACCGUCACCGUGGCCAGGACGAGCACGAGCACGACGAAUACGACCGCCGGCACAACCAGCAGCAACGCCAACGGCUACACCAACGGCAACGGCAACAACGCCAGCGGUGGCGGUAACGGCAACGGCCACGGCAACAGCAGCAGCGGUCUGCACCCCACGGCCGCGUCGCCUCUGGACCCGGCGCAGCCCUCGCCCACCGACUCCAUCUCGAGCCUGUUAUCGGCGUAUUCGCGGGAGCCGGAACUGCUGCAGCCUCCCGCGGGGAGCAACACUGCUGCCAACGCCAACGGCGGCCCGCAUGAAUCCAAGGUGCCGGGAGCCUGGCCCGCUGCUGUGCCCACGUCACCGCCCGGCAGUGGGUUCCAGUUCCCAGCGCCGCCCGGGCGCGCAGGGAUGUCCGCAGCAGCUGAAACGCCCGUGACUGGCCCCAGCGCCGCCGCCGCCGCCGCCGCCGCCACAAGCAGCAGCAGCAGCAACAAAAGCAAAAGCGACCGUGCCCAAGCCAACGGCAUUGGCGCUGCCGUGCAGGUGGGCGGCGCUGCCGGCAGCGGCACUGACGCAAGCAUUGUCAAGCAGCCUGCGAGCAUCGGCCACGGCAGUGGCAACGGUACCAGCAGCGGCACCAACCGUGGCAACGGCAGUGGCAGCACCAGCACCGGCACCAGCACCAGCACCAACGGCGCCCCCGGCAGCACUGGACUUGCAGCUGCUGGUGGCUCGGUAGCCACUGCCGCCCGCCAGCACUCCCCCCAGCGCGACCGAGUCCUUCCUCCGCCUCCUCCGCCGUCCAAGGACGAAAAAGCAUUGCCGCAACGCCCACCACCGUCGCCCAACGCCUUUCCUUCUUCUUCUGCCGCCGCUGCUACCACUCCCAACUCGGCGGCAUCCAAGCCACCGCAGCCGGCGUCGUCGGACCUCCCGACGCCCUCGCCGCCUCGGACCGAGCUCUGGCGCCGCCGCCCCCACAAGAGCGAAGCCAGCCGCGAGCUUCCUGGGCUUAAGCUCGAUCACAGCCACGGCUCGACUGCCGCGACGGCUCCCCUCCCCCAGCCUCCUCCUGCAGUCGACACGUCCUCGGCAGGCUCCGGGCCUGGUGAGCAGCCCAAGUCCUCUCAGGACACCAUUCGGGCCGUCACUUCUCCCUCGUCAUCGCCCUCACGCGUCUCACCGCCGCGGCCCUCUGCCGUCAUCGGUUUGCCUGGCCGGAACGUGCGGCCUGCGGCCAAGCUGCACAAGCAGCAGACCCAAGACACCCAGCAGACCCAGCACCACGACCAGGUAGCCGCAUCUCAAGCCAUGGGCAACGGGGAGUCCAAGCUUAACCGCAUCAAGGGCUCUCUUCAGAAGCAGCAGCACCGACUUCGCAAGCCCAGCUCCUCCUCGCCCGACAAGGAUGCCGCGAAUGGCGCCUCUAAGAGGGACCAGAAUGGCCCCAGGCUGGCCGCCCUGCGACCGCCCACUCCCGAGUACCACAAGGAAGACGUCAAGUCUGCACCUGCCGCCACCGACACUUUUGUCUCACCUGCGUCCCCCGCAUCCUCGUCGCCUUCGCCAGUGUCUCUCCCGGCUGACUCCACCAAGGCGCUCCCUCCACAGCUGCCGACUCAGUCCGCGCGGACGGGACUGACACCUUCUGCCCCGAGCAUUCACGGAACCGCGAGCCUCCAGGAGCUCAACAGCAGCGCGCAGUCUCCCGCUGGCAGCCGCAGGGCAAGCCCCGCUACUGACGGUGCCUCCAGUCGCACACGGGAGUCGGCCGAGUCGACCAAGUUCCCGCCGCGCACCUCCUCGACGAAGCAAAACUGGCAGAAGUCGGUCGAGCCGCUGCGCCGUUCCGCGGGUGACGGUGACCCGAGAAUCGUGCUCUCGGACACGCAAGGACCCCUCUACCGAGGCCGAGACGGGACGCUGUACCCGGAAAUGAAGAUUACGCGCGAGUUUGACCCCAAGGUGGCGUAUUUUCCCACCCAAAAGGCCAAGCCGUUGGAGCCCGGAGCUGUCAUCCCGGCGCGACCGCUCCAAGAGUCACACUUUGGCUGCUACCAGAGCCACCGGUCCAUGAACCGCCGGAGCAACCGCCACUAUCCACUCACCUGCCAGACUUGCGACAAGGCUGACUCGGAAGACCGGUGGGUGUGCACUUUCUGCCACCUCCGCAUCUGCGAGUCGUGCCUACGGGCCCUCAACGGACAUCAGAGGGUGUUGCGCCGUCUCGUCGACGAGCUGGCAACCAACACACCGCUUAGUUUGUCCUCCAUGUCCCGGCCUGGGUCCGCCCUCGGGAUCCAGGCUGCGACGUAA